CACUUUUUGGAAAAUAUGGCUGCACCAAACGGAGGGUAUUUCAUACAGGACAAGCUGUACAAGACAGCUCCGCACCAUGAGAGCUACAAACAGCUCUGGGAAACCAAAUGGAAGAAGCCUUGCAAGAUGGGUGUCUACCCAUUCAUGUUUUCUGCAGUCAAAGAUUUCGAGCCGAUAGUCGAGAAGCUUGUCGCGGAACCAUACGACUGGGAUGAUUAUGCUCAGGUCUACUUCCCUAAAGCUGAAGAGCUGGUUUCGGAAGCACAAAAGGCUGAGCAGGAGGGAAACAAGGAGAAGGCAUCUGAGCUCUACUUAUUCCCGGCACCGCGAUCAGACAAGCAACGGUAUGCCUGGCAAGAAGGCAAGAAAGCUUGCAUCAAGGGUCUANNGGGUGUGUAUAUUCAUCGUGAUCCAGAAAGACGAUGGCUGACAUUCUGUUACAGACUUCGCGAGCACCCCGUCCACGAGAUCGAAGUCCCACACACUCACGGCAUUGAAGGAGAAGGCAAGAGCAUCCCUAUCUACCACCUGCUCCCAUCAGAUGCCAGCGAAUCGAAUCCUGCACCCGUCGUUCUGAUCAUGACCGGUCUGGACGGCUACCGCACAGAACUCGCCGUCUGGAUGGAAGGUUGGCGUCAAAACGGUGUCGGCAGCAUAGUUGUUGAGAUUCCAGGCACCGGUGACUCUCCUGCUCUCGCAUCUGACCCAACGUCUCCCGACCGACAAUGGAGCAGUCUGUUGGAUUGGAUUGACACCCAACCUGCAAUUGCAAAAGACAAGGUCUGUGUCUGGGCAUUCUCGACAGGUGGUUACUACGCCAUUCGCCUUGCACACACACAUCCCAAUCGUCUUGCUGGUGUGGUUGCACUAGGCGGUGGCGUACACCACAUGUUCGACGAAGAAUGGCUGAACAACGUCAACAACCUCGAGUAUCCCUUCGAUCUUGCAACAACACUCUGCUACAAAUACGGCUACGGCAACGACUUUGAGAAGUUCAANAAGGAAGCAAAGAAGUUUUCUUUACUCGAGGACGGCACCUUGGACAAGCCCGAAUGUGCAAGAUUGUUCCUUGUCAAUGGUACAGAAGAUGAGAUCUUCCCCAUUGAUGACUAUUACCUGUGUUUACUGCAUGGAGCACCUAAAGAAGCAAGGUUUAUCCCUGGAAUCAAGCAUAUGGGUGAACCAGAGAGCUUNUUUGUUAUCCUCAAGUGGAUCUACAAGCUCUUUGGCCUCAAGGCCAAUCCGGUGGAUCAGAUGAAGACUAUCCCCUUCAAGCCCAAGUAUUAG